UGGAGGAUUCAUUCCUUAAGAAAAAGACCGAUUUUUCUAUUUGUCUCUGCUGCAACACAGGUUGUUAGUAUGUCUGGGCGCGGAAAAGGUGGCAAGGGACUUGGGAAAGGAGGUGCAAAGAGGCAUCGCAAAGUUCUUCGUGAUAACAUCCAAGGCAUUACAAAGCCCGCUAUUCGUCGCUUGGCUCGUCGUGGUGGUGUGAAGCGCAUAUCUGGCUUGAUCUAUGAAGAAACAAGAGGCGUUUUGAAGGUUUUCCUGGAGAAUGUUAUUCGUGAUGCGGUGACUUAUACUGAGCACGCGAAGAGAAAGACUGUGACUGCUAUGGAUGUUGUUUACGCGCUGAAACGCCAGGGUCGUACUCUGUACGGUUUUGGUGGCUAAUUACCAAAACUUUCAAAGCAUUUAGUUCAAAGGCCCUUUUCAGGGCCAC